CGAGCUGCCCGGCAUGUCCGUGUUCCACGACGAAGUGGAGAUUGAGGACUUCGAGUACGAUGAGGAGAGCGAGACCUACAGCUACCCGUGUCCGUGCGGGGACCGCUUCCUCAUCACGCGGGAGGAUCUGGAGAAUGGUGAAGAUGUGGCCACCUGCCCUAGUUGUUCACUUAUAGUGAAAGUAAUCUAUGACAAGGAACAAUUUAUGUGUGGUGAAGAAGUCCCAGCGCCUACCACAAACAAGGAGUUGGUUAAAUGCUGAUGGUCAUCUGGUGAACUGUGCUAUCCGUGAAAGAUGGGGAAGCAGAAUCUA